CUGGAGCGUAUGAACAAUCUCGGUGAAUACAAACUGACUGCCGGACAUGAUAGACAACGCGUCGGGGAAAAAAAAGGAUCCGCCGUGAGCUCUACCACCGAGAGUCCGGUAUCAAGGAAGUCGUUCAUCACAUGGGAGCCAAGGUCGUGGGCAUCUAUUUAUGGAGUUCGUCUGCUCGAGACCAACAAGCAGAUCAUGCAAGAAGCCGCCAAGAUUGUAUGAGAAGCUUAGCAUGCGAAUGAUGUCUUUAACUACAGGUACUAAGACCUUAUCCCUUCUCUUAGGUCAGUGGGGAGGCGAAGAGCCAGAGACGCGGAAUCGUUCGACAGAAUAAUUAUACGAACGAUGUUCGAGGGGCAUAGCACCCUCGACCGCGACAUCCCACGUCCUUCAACCGAGACCCGGUGACGAUGUUCUUUCGUCGUAUCGGGCUCUUCAAUGCCUCGAAUAUUCGAAAGGUACGUGUCGAAGGUUUUGUUGAAAAUCAUUGGGGGCCAGAAUAUUCGUAGGGACGAAAAGUUGCCCACCGAGCUUCAGGCUCGCAUGAUGCCGAUUUACACCGCUAUUGUUCGAAACGUCUGCCGAGAUCUUAAGCUUUUGAGCAUAUUCUACGAGGAAUCUAAUCAAGAAGGGGCGGGCCAGAUGCCCAUCGUUCACGGAGGGUUUGCGAAGAGCUGCAUGGGUGGAGUGGUUGAAGAUAUUGUCCAGAGCUUGCCGCUGCUCCAGGAAUCGCGGCUCGAGAACAAGCGUCGGCAGAGGAUCAGCGGGGAUGAUGAGUAUCGUGAGGUGACGCUUUGGUCAGAUGUAGCUUGUGAGGAGGUCUUGGUAUCUGAGAGAUCUCGGGAGCGGAAGGAUGACCUGGAUGUCAAGGGUGCUCUAGGAAAGGGGAAGAAAGUUGGAGUAUCCAUCACUUCUAGAGACAGCAGUCAACUUUGAGCGUGUUUGUUAUGGAAUUGUGGUGGCUUCAUUGUGAUUCAGAUGUGUUUCGUGGUGCCCCAGAGUCUUUGAAGUUGGUGAACUGCAUCCUGAGAGGCUGAGACUGCGCAGCCCUUUGGUGAGGAAAUCUAUGUAUGAAGACUUCGAGAGAUACUUCUCUACUAAUUGUGAGAAUGAGAAGGAAAUGUGUUUGUGG